UAGUGUAACGAGCUCUUUCACCACCAAUGGCGAUUCCCGCUAUUUUUCUACCAACUAACUUAACUGUCACAGCCACCAUUAAAGCCAAUUCAAGCUUCAGAAAGCUUAACAAAACACCCACAAAUCCCUUCAAUUCAUCUCUCAAAUCUCUCACCAAAUCCGGAAAACUCGACGAAGCUCUUCUUCUAAUAGAAUCCCAAAAAUCUUCUCAACUUGACAUCGAAUCUUAUUCUUCUCUCCUCCAUGCUUGUAUCUCGAAGAAAUCAGUAGAACAUGGUCACAGGCUAUAUAUUCACCUUCUUUUGAAUUCGAACAAAAGUAUUCUCAACGACCCUUUAAUAUUAUCUAAGUUAAUCACCCUUUUCUCUGUUUGUGAUCAUCUAAAUGAAGCUCGUCGUGUUUUCGACCACGCGAUUGGAAAUGAGGAUCGACCCGAAUCAGUUUGGGUUGCAAUGGCAAUUGGGUAUUCGAGAAAAGGGUGUUUUAGGGAGGCAUUACUGAUUUAUUCUCAGAUGUUGUUCCGGUCAAUUGAACCGGGGAAUUUCGCGUUUUCCAUGGCUGUGAAAGCUUGUUCGGGGAUAUCGGAUUUGAGGGUUGGUAGGGGUGUUCAUGCUCAGAUUAUUAAAGCUGAUGAAGAAGCUGAUCAAGUUGUGUACAAUGCUCUUUUGGGAAUGUAUACUGAGUGUGGGUGUUUUCGGGAUGUGUUGAAGGUGUUUGAGGAAAUGCCUGAGAGAAAUGUUGUGAGUUGGAAUUCGUUGAUCGCGGGUUUUGUUAAGAAAAGACAGGUUUUUGAGGCAUUUGAGACUUUUAAGAGGAUGCAGAAUGAGGAUGUGGGAUAUAGUUGGGUAACUUUUACGACGAUUUUAGCUAUCUGUUCUCAGGUUACGUACCUUUAUUAUGGGAGAGAGAUACAUUCACAAAUUAUUAAAUCAACUAAUGUUCCUGAUGUUGUUUUACUAAACUCGCUUUUGGAUAUGUAUGCGAAAUGUGGAGCGAUGGAGUAUUGUAGAAGAGUAUUUGAAAGAAUGAAGUACAGAGACAUAACAUCGUGGAAUACCGUUAUCAAUGGGUAUGCAAUCAAUGGAUUGAUGGGAGAAACAAUGAAGUUGUUUAAUGAAAUGGUCAGUAGUGGAGUUAGGCCGGAUGGUGUGACAUUUAUUGCCUUGUUGUCUGGCUGUAGCCAUGCAGGGCUUGCGGAUUUAGGCGAGGAAUUGUUUGAGAGUAUGACUGGAGAUUUUGGAAUUCGACCUUCCUUGGAGCAUUACGCUUGUCUUGUUGAUAUAUUAGGUAGAGCUGGGAAAAUUAAAGAGGCACUGCAAGUAGUGGAGAAAAUGCCUGUCAAGCCUAGUGGAAGCAUUUGGGGCUCACUGCUUAAUUCGUGCAGACUUCACGGAAAUGUCUCUCUUGCAGAACUUGUGGCAGAGCAGUUAUUUGAAAUGGAACCUAACAACUGCGGGAAUUACGUGAUGCUGUCAAACAUUUAUGCAAAUGCAGGGAUGUGGGAGGGAGUUAAAAAAGUGAGAGAGAUGAUGGAGAAUAAGGGAAUAAAAAAGGAGGCGGGAUGCAGCUGGAUACAAGUUAGAAAUAAAGUACACACUUUUAUGGCUGGUGGUGGUUUUGAAUUUCGUAAUUCGGAUGAAUACAAGGAAGUUUGGGAUGAGUUAUCAGAAGCUAUUGAGAAAAUUGGGUAUAAACCUGAUACGAGAGUUGUUCUUCAUGAUGUAAGCGAGGAAACAAAAGCAGAGUGGAUAUGUGGGCAUAGUGAACGGCUUGCUACUGUAUUUGGUCUGAUUCAAACUGGUUCUGGUAUUCCAAUUAGAGUGACAAAAAAUAUUCGUAUUUGUGCUGAUUGUCACUCUUGGAUGAAGUUUGUGUCCGUAAUAACAAGAAGAAGGAUCAUAGUGAGAGAUACAAAUCGAUUCCACCAUUUUGACCAAGGGAAAUGCUCUUGCAAUGAGUACUGGUGAUUCUCAUAGUUGUUAUUUUGUAAGUACUUCCAUUAAGAUCUU